AUGUCCCAGGCCGAGCCCGGGCCGCUGUCGCUGCUGACGGAAGUGGAGGGCUGGGAUCCCGAGUUGUGCCGCCGCCAGCUGCCCGCAGCCCUGCCUCGUCUCCUCUCUAUGUAUCAGGCAGCUGAAAAUUGGACUCAGCAUAUUUGUAUCUUAAGGAUCACAACUGAGAGAUUUCUACCUCACAUUGAUAUUUCUGAGUUAGAGCAAGCAUUUUCCUCUAAAAUAUUACCAAAGACAGUACAAUUAUUUGAUCUUUUGAUGUAUGAAAUAUCCAGUCAGGCAAAACUAUUAACAAACCAGAAUCUAGAGUUACACGUGACAUUGAGGAACCAUUUGCAGGCGCUGGUGCAUGUGUUGGAAGCAUUAACAGGGUGUGUGCAACACAUCUGCACUAUGCAGGAGACUGUGUCCUUAGAACAUGUCCACAGUCUUCCCUCCUCUGUUCUUCAUGUUAUCAAGAACACAUUUAUACAUUGCAAGAACAGUGAGUCAUUGUACAGUGAGUGUCUUCACUUGUUUUCUGAUUUACUCCAGUCUCUGUUUAAGGAAGCCUAUACAUUGCAAAAGCAACUUAUGGAGCUGCUUGAUAUGGUAUCUGUGAACUCCUGUACUCCUGAAGAUAAUAUAGCAAUUGUGGUAUCAGUGAUUCACACUGUGCUGGAGAUCUGCUCUACAAUUUCGAGCAUAGAUCAUGCUCUUCAUGCAAAUACAUGGAAGUUCAUAAUCAGGCAAAGUCUCAAGCACAAAUCCCUGAUAAAGAACCAUUUGAAACAUUCUGAUAUCUUCAGUGGCCUUUGUGAGGAUAUCCUGUUUUCUUUCGAAUCUUGUUUGCAGCUGGCCGUGCAGAUGAAACAGUCUGGAACACAGGAGAGCAUUGAUAACAAGUUGUUCCAGAGGACAAUCAAACUGUGUAGAUUCUUCGCUAAUUCCCUGAUACACUAUACGAAGGAGUUCACUUCUUUCCUGGUAGAUUCCUGCCCUCAGCUUCAUCAGACAUACCUUGAAAUAUACAGCAAAUUUCCUCCAAGUCUUCAUGCUCCAGUGAUUUCUGAGGCUCAUCAGGAUGAAAUAGCAAGGGGAUUCCUAGUGGUGCUGGAUUCCCUCCUCCUGCAACUGCUCUGCUCUAGGCCUUUCCUAGAAGUGGUAUUAAGUAAAACUUUAGAUCUCUCUCCUGAGCUGCACUUCCCACAAUGUCGUCUUCUGCUUUCUGUCAUGGACAUGUUGCCAUCCCAGCCUCAGGAUGUGCAGGCUCUUUGGAAUACAGGAAGACAGUUCCCAGAAGAGAAUCCCAGGGUGUCCUUGUUUGCAGCACUGUUCCUCAGUCUUCAGCAGUGCUCUGGCGAACUUUCCCUUCCCUUUUUGCCAGGAGCGAUGGGGACAGGGCAAGCUGAGGAUCCUGUCACCUUUUACCACUAUGCUUGCAUCCACUUGUGUACCUUUAUCACAUCCAUCCCUGAAUCACAUUUCCAUCUUCUGGAAUGCUCCCUGCUGGAGGCUGUACUUGGUUCUAACAUGAUGACUGCUCUCUUGGCUAUGGAUGCUUGGUGCUUCCUUGCCCGGUAUGCGACAGCAGACCUGUGUGCUCAUCAUGCAUUUAUAAUAGCACAUUUGAUAAAAGCCUGUCCUGCUGAGUGUUACCAAGUCUCUCUGCUGGGGGUCCUGUUAAGACGUCUGCUCUUCCUGAUGGCUGCGGAUCACCAGGUGAAGUUUAUCCAAAACUUCCCUCCUAAAGAUACAGAGAACCUACUAUUGUGGCAGCAUCUUUCUCUCCAGGCUUUGAUACCUUUGCUCAGGCAGCAAGUUGCUCGUGAGCUUUUUGUGGCAGGACUUGCGCAAUGUCAGCAGUGGCUGAGCAGCGAAAGGUCCAUGGCGGAACUUCCACCGGUGAACACGGCUCUUUCUGCCUUGCUGUCCAUGUGCCAGACUGCUGGGGAGAUAGUAGAGGAGGAGGGUCAGCGAACGGCACUCGUUGGUGCUCUGCGCCAGUUUUUGGUAGUUCUACAUUCCACACAAGUUCCCGUCCUGUCCUGUCUUCAGCAGGCCUUUGGCUUGACGCUUCGCCUCCUGCAGCUCUUCACCCACAUGUUAGAGCCUCAGUUGCUAAUUCAGGUACUUGCACUACAAAUAUCCAUCCUCCAGCUAAAUCCCCCAGAUCAUGUUCUCACUGCAGUUUUAGAUUUUCUCUCUUCAAUGGGGAAAUCCUGUGUUCCACCCGAUUUACAGGUACAGUUGCUAUCCAAGUUGUCCUGUCUGUUUGCUGCUUUGCUGGCCAGCAGUAACUGGCUGAUUCAACAGCAUGCCAUAGAGGCAUUCACUCAGUUUGCAGAGGGAACAAGCCACGAAGCCAUACUUCCCCAGUGUCUAAACUCUGAAGAAAUUAAAAGCAAAGUUGUUGGCUUCCUGUCAAAGACCUACCACAUAGAGGAGACAGCAGAAGCAAGAGCAGAACGAGUUAAAGAGGAAAAUGCUCUUUUUAAGUGCCAUUUACUGGAGUCUACAGCAGACAGACAAAGGGCCCUGAUCUUGGAGCCAUCUCCCAAAAGAACGUGCUUCUCACCUAGUGAGGCACAAUACAAGUCAGCUAUUGACACCGCUGAAGGGAUGCUGGAGGCUGUGAAGCUGCUGCUACAGAAGGGCCCGCCCCCCAUUUGGCUCGCAAAGAAACUGGACGCAAUACAGACGACGCUGAACAGCUUGAAAAACAGCGUAUGUUGAAUGGUUUAAACCUCUGCUUCUGGAUGACUGCUAACUGCAGCUCCACCCAAGACCCACAAGUAGAAGCCAAAGAAGCAGACUGUCGCCCACCAAUGGUGGUUCUGGAAUCUUGAUGGCGCAUGUCUUAUGUUCUGUUUGUUUAUAUAUGUUGCAGGGUCUUGUUGAAUACAAAAGUAAAGAUAGCAAAUUCUCACUUAACAUUAAGUGAUUGAACAUGGACUAAAAUAAAUACCAAUUUUUCUGUGA